CUGUGUUUUGUUAGUACCCGGAAUUGCAUGCUAGUCUGUUGCUUGCUCUGUUGUAAAGAUGCCGAGCUUGUCCGUGUGUCUGCGGGGCUGUUUAUUUUUCCUUUCGCUUAUCCGGCCUGGAUUCGGGAUCGAGGUGUCUUUGUGGAGAGUACCGGUCAGCCAGGACAGAGAGAAUAAUGUUGUGUUCCGCAAAACUUUAUAUGCCAACACUACCAUCUACGUCCAGUUUGAAGGGGAUGAGGGAUCAUGUGAUCAGAAUACAGCUUUCAAUGUCAGCUGGUACCUCAGAUCAUCAACCUGCUACAACGCGGUCUUCAACACUUUGGACAAUGCUGCUCUGGCUUAUUUCGGCACAGAUCUAGAGAUGAAGGAAAAUGAGAAAGGGUUCUACAGCCAGGGAACCCUAGCCUUUGAUAACUGCACUGAACUCUUCAAACCACAGGUUUACUACAAGGAGUUUGUGCCUCACCAGCCUCUUGCUCACGCUCAGGGUCCUGGAAGUGAGCAGAGAAACCAGUCCUUAUCCCCACCAGUGACAGGGAAGCCAGAUAUACACGCUGUAGCAAAGGCCUGGCUGGACAGCCCCUUUUUAUUCAUUGUGAAGAUCACAUCAGUGCGGCGCGGCGAGGUGAAGGGAGUGAAACAGACCAGCCUCGUCCCGGAGACCUGGUCUUUCACCAUGAUGGUUGAAAUGAAGGGCCCCCGGGAUUACACCUCUCCUGCGGACUGGCCCCUCAUGAUGUUCUUCAUGGUGAUGUGCAUCGUGUACGUGCUGCUCGGAGCCCUGUGGCUCUUUUGGUCUGCCUGCUACUGGAGGGACCUGCUUAGGAUCCAGUUCUGGAUCGGGGCCAUCAUCUUCCUGGGAAUGCUAGAGAAAGCCGUCUUCUACUCCGUGUUCCAGAGCAUCCAAUACACAGGCGAAUAUGUCGAGGGAGUUGAGAUCUUCGCAGAGCUGCUGUCAGCACUGAAGAGAUCCCUGGCUCGCAUUCUCAUUAUUAUCGUCAGCCUGGGCUACGGGAUAGUAAAGCCACGUCUUGGGACGACCACACACCGGCUAGUGGCUGUGGGGCUGCUGUAUCUUCUGUUCUCUACAGUGGAGGGGGUCCUCAGGGUGACUGGGGGGUUCAAUGGCACAGUGGCGCUCAUAGCAAACCUCUGCCUCUCUCUCAUCGAUUCCUGUGUAAUAUGGUGGAUCUUUAUCAGCCUGUCUCAGACCACCCGACUGCUGAAGCUGCGCAGGAACGCCGUGAAGCUCUCUCUGUACCAGCACUUCACAAACACACUCAUAUUCUCAGUCCUGGCUUCUAUCAUUUUUAUCAUCUGGACCACCAAAGUGUUUAAGCUGGUGGACUGCCAGACGGGCUGGAGGGAUCUCUGGGUUGACGAUGCUUUCUGGCGGCUGCUCUUCUCCACCAUCCUCCUCGUCAUCAUGGUGCUGCUCCGGCCCUCUGCAAACAACCAGAGGUUCUCCUACUCUCCCCUUAUAGAUGAGGACGAGGAAGACGAAAUGAAGGAGCCCAUGCUGAAUGAAGCCUUUGAGGGAAUGAAGAUGAGAGGUGCGAAGACUGAAGCGAAUGGGAACAGCAAGUCCGUAUAUACUGAGGAUGAAGACCUCAAGUGGGUGGAGGAGAACAUCCCAGCCGCUGUUGUAGACGUGGCACUGCCGGCCAUGCUGGAUGAAGAGGAGGAGAUGAUGAAAACCCGGAUGGAAAGGUCAAAAAUGGAAUAGUCUCCUGAACAGACACAUUGCAAAUUGAAGGAGCACGCCUGCUCUUUGUUUUACAGCUUCCCGGUGCAAGAAACUACUUCAAUAUCAGUUUUAUUAAGGAUACAGUCCCUCUGCACCUCCCAGGUACAUAAAACUAAGCCUUGGAAAGAACACAGAGCCAGUCUGUGUGAAGCUCCAAACCUACUGAAAAUAAGGACACCAGGCUUGAGAGUCUGAAGAUACACAAUCCUUAACCAACGGCUUCAUUAAUCUUGAAAACUCGCAGUGGCGGCAUGGAAAGGAUGCAGUCGAUACUGAAACACAGAACGGGUAGUUGAACACUGACAAGGAAAACAUUGAGGGGGAAUCUGCAUGGGAGGCAAUAGCGCCACUGUCAGUCAACCUGAAAACAAAUUGAUGAUUCAUUUUAUUUAUUUUAAUUUACCUUUUUUUUUUUUUUUGAUCGGUUAAUACAUUCCCCCGUUUGUAUUUCGUUUUCACUGAAGCUCUAGUCCUAAUCGUGCCUUCCUGUGUAUACUGGUGUCAGUGUUUAAUUGAUCCGCAGUUCUGUUUCUGUGUUUAAAUUCUAGCUGUGGGGUGUUACUGAGAUGCCUUCCUGAAGACCCGUCUGGUUCAGUGUUGGUGGGGGUUCAUUACUGGGGUGCCACAGGACAAACUGCAGCUUUACAUUGUUCUGUUUGUCUUUUUAAAGCUUUUUACAAUCAAAAUUCAAAUGUUGAUACAAUCUAUAAAAAUAAGCGCUUUGCUACAGUGUAAAAAUAUAGAUUUCAAACAAUA